AUGGCAAGUCCUGAGGGGGCCCGACGCCACUUCUCAAAGGGCCUCCUGCUCUCAGCCUCAAUCCUGGCCCUCUGGGUCCCCCAAGGCUCCCGGGCUGCCCUCCGCAUCCAGAAGAUUCCAGAGCAUCCUCAAAAGAACCAGGACCUGCUCCUGUCUGUCCGGGGCAUCCCAGACACCUUUCAGGACUUCAACUGGUACCUGGGGGAGGAGGCCCACGGUGGCACGAUGCUCUUUACCUACAUCCCCGAGCUUCAGCGGCCCCAGAGGGACGGCGGUGCCAUGGGGCAGCGUGACAUCGUUGGCUUCCCCAAUGGCUCCAUGCUGCUGCAUCGGGCCCAGCCCACCGACAGCGGCACCUACCAGGUCGCUGUCACCAUCAAUCCUGCCUGGACCAUGAGGGCCAAGACCAAGGUCCGGGUGGAGGAAAAGCAUAAGGAGCCGCCCAUUACACACCUGCCCAUGAGCGCUGGGAUCAUGGUUGCCAUCAUCAUUGGAUCCCUUGCCGCUGGGGCCCUCUUCAUCGGGAGCAUUGCCCAUCUCCUGUUAACAAGAAGCUGGAGGGGCCAGAGCCACAGAAUGCCUGCUCCAGGAGGCCAGGGGUCCUUGUCGGUCUUGUUCCCAGCUGUGUCCCCAGUGGCUUCAACGGGGCCCAGCCCACGGACGACAACCACAGAGGAGCCAGAGGCGCACCCCAACCACAAUGCCGGUGACGAGAACAUCUACGAAGUGAUGCCAUCUCCGACCCUCCUGGUGUCCCCCCUCGGUGACCCGGGGUCUGCGAACACCGCCAUGCCCCUGCCCCUGCCCGAGAACCACCACUAUCAGGACCUGCUGAACCCCGACCCUGCUCCUUACUGCCAGCUCGUGCCAAGGCCCUGAAGGGGUCCCAGGGCCCUGGAAGGGCGACGGCCUCAGCCCUCCCCUGGGACCUGGCGCCCGCAGAAGAGCCGUACCAGAGACCCCGCAGGACCAGGCCGCCAGGGCCGUGGGGCCAAUGAGGUGGACUCCCACGAAGACGUGGGCAGGUGUCCCGGGCAGGGGGCAAGAGAUCAUGAUGGACCCAGUUCCUCUUGGACCCUCUGAGUAUACAACCCACACUCAGUUCUGGUCCUUCCAGCAACCUGGCCUGGGCCACGUGCCUGUGAAAGACAGGCUUUCCUUGUCCCAACCCAAAGUACCCCCCCACACACACUGGAUACUGGGGGGAGGGGGGGAGACACUUGGGGCUUGGGCCUGCCUCUAGCCAGACCUGACCGGCGCCUACUUGGCCGGGCUUCUGACCGUCAGCUCAAGACGCCCCACCCCUGCUCCCUGGUUGUCCUUGGAGCCCCUCGCCCCUUGGGACAAGGCAGCCCCCCACCACACAGGCCCCCUAGGAUAAGGCACAUGGCAGGGAGGGCCGGCCUCACGGGCUGUGACCCCAGACGACAGACCUGGUCGGUUACCGGGUGAGACCCCUUCCCUGCCCAGGCAGGGGCAGACCCCGCCCUCCCCAGACUCCGUCUUUCAGAACCUGUGGCCAAUUCCUGCCCAUUGCCCCCACCCCCGGCCCGAAUCGUACCGAGGCCCUCUCUGCCCCCACCCAACCCCAGGCCCCAAAUGUGGGCCCAGUCUGUAGCCCCUUAAUUUAUUCACUCACUCAGCAAUAAAUAAGCCACGUCUGGAUCUUGCAGCUUUGAGAGGGAACAAGACAGACAAUCCCUUCUGUUCUCCUAGAGGGGCGCCGUGGCAGGGGAGAGAGUCGACGAGCGAAGUAACUUACACACGUGGUGUGUUGGAUGGUGAUGAGGCCACUGGGGAGAUAAAGCGAGAAGGGGGGCUGGGAGUAUCGAGGGAUUGGGAUUUUACUUUUUG